AUGCCCAAGCCUACGCCUAAGCCAGUUCUAGAUCCUACUUUCGACGAUAAUCUAGGAGCAGAUACAUUGACGAUAGAAGAUUGUAUUCUUCUUCAAAGGUUUAAAACUGAACUAGACAAAGAUAAUAUAGUCAAAGAGCAAUUGAUCGCCUAUAUAUAUAUCUAUAUAGAAGUCUUUCUUUACUGUAGCUAA